AGACCAAGUGCUGGUCAUUGCUUAUUGCUUUAAAACCCCUAUCUAUACCAAGUUUUCUUGCAGCAAUGAGAGAUAAGCCCCCAUUUCAGAAGAUUAAUGGAGUUUCAUUGAUUUUCUGAGAGAACUAGCCUAAUUAAUCUAGUUCAAUGCCUGUAGCCACCUUUUUCCCUUAUCUGCUUUACGCCUUUUUUGGUCCAUGCUGCUCCAAUUAUUUACAAAAAUCCAUGAAAAAUUAAGCAUGUGCUUAAUAGCCCAAAACCAAAAACCAGGAAAAGUAAUCAACAUUUGAAAACUCAAUAGUUGGUCAAGGUCUAUUUCACAGGAUGAACAUGGUUUUUUUCCCCACAUUUCUUGUCCUAUUUCCCUUCUCUAUAUAUAAACAGGCAGUGCAAAAUGAUAAAAAUCGACAAAAUAGAACAUGUGAAACAAACAUAACAAAAGAAACUUAAACGCUGGACAAAGACAAUUUUGAAAGUAGAAAGGUACUUUUCUAUGAUAAGUCUAUGGCCUUGCUGCUGGACCAACAAUUUUCCUUCACGUUUCUUCUGCUAUUACUGUUUUCUAAUGGACUUGUUUUGGUAUAUAUAUGCAAGAUUUGUACACCGUAGUUAUCAAAUUAUCCAUUUCCAUUUUCUUGCUAAAUCAAGACAUUUCUCCAAAGGCAAAAAAAGAAGAGGGUAUCAUCACUAGGGACGACCUGAGUAACACAAAAAAAUGAAUAAUCACGGCGUUGGCUUGAGCUUGAUUGGAUUGCUGAUGGUGGCAAUGACAAUUCUUGAGGGUGCAAUUGCAGCUGACUAUACAGUGGGUGACAAUUAUGGUUGGGAUGUUCCCCCCAAUAACUCCAGUGACUACUAUCCUAGCUGGGCGAACAGAUAUGAAUUUAAGGUUGGAGAUACAGAAGUAUUCAACUGGACUGGGAAUCACACAGCAGCUCAAGUAACAAAUCAGGCUGAUUUUGAUAGCUGCAAUAGAAGCGAUGCAGAAAUAAAGCUAGACGGAGAAGCAGGAGUAAGGGUGCCGUUCACAACAGAGGGCAUCCAUUACUUCAUAUGCACUGUUGGUACUCACUGUGAGCAAGGCCAGAAGGUGGCUUUCAAUGUUACAGCUGAUGUAUCAUCUGUUCCCAAACCACAUCCCACCGUGUUCGCCUUAGCCACACUAAUCUCUCUGCUUUGGCCAUCCUUUUGCUGAUUCAUUGAAAUGUCCUUGCAGCGUCCAUUGCUGCAACCCACAGUUAAAGUAGAGCCAGGAGACAAAUUAUAAUUGAUUUAUUUUACAAGGAUUGGAUUAUAAUAAAGCUGUUAUCCUGUAAGUAACGGCCAUGUUUUUAGCCUACUAUGUCUCAUAUAUGUUUUCAUAUCUAAUGAAAUAAUGAUCCGAUUGGAAAUUUCUCUACAUGUACCAAAAUCAUGUCCCUCCCUUACCAUAAUUAAUUAAUUAUGAC